CCGUGCGUUCCGUCUGUUUGUCCAUUGCUUUUAUCGAGCCACAAUACAGUAGUUUUUCUGUGUUUUGCUACCUCGUGUCCUAUUUGUUGUCCUUUUUUUCUUUUUUUUUUCUUCCCCUCUUCAAUCGGUUCAAUCAGUUGAAUUUGUAUGGUGGUGUUUUUUUGUUUGUUUUUUUUUUCUUCUUCUUUCCAAUACCUACAUUUUGACGAGAACCACAGGAAUUCGAGGUGCCUGACCAAAGGACCGAGGACCAGUCAUGACCUGGCUCCCCUUUCUCUUUCUCGGCUCGACUUGCGGAUGACGCGGCCGAGCGCUGGAGACAUGCCACCGGUUGGGAUCGGUAGUGCAGCAGCUGGAAAUCGCGAGUGACGGGAAUAAGCUACGCGAAGGAAAUACCGCGCGCCUCCCGUUCAAGUCUCCAGUCGCCCGAGAUUUAUAUAUCAUUGCUGUCGAGACACCAGUGCAACCCAGUGUAUUCUUAUAAAGUGUUAAAACCCAAAAAAUAGGGGGGAAGUUUUGUAGUUGGUUUUUUUUUUGUUUUUUUUUUUUUUUUGUUUCUGGUUUGAUUGAGGUAAUCGUAUAAUGAAGUCGGAAUGACGGGCCGGAGAAUGCAGUGGCAAGGACGGCUUGGCCUGGCACUCGUCUGCCCGACGCUGUUGCUGCUGCUGAUGGGUGCCAACAGCGCGCAGAUCAGUCCCGGAAACGCGACGACGCAGACUACGACCGCCGCGCUGAGCGAAAACAUCUCAAGCACGGCGGACUUGGACAACGAAACCACGGCCAAGAACAGCAACUAUAAGGGCAUCGCGGCAUCAAUAAGUCCAACCGAGUACGUCCAAAAGAAAUUCCUAGAGACAAAGUACUCAAAGUCUCCAGACAGCUUGAAGCACAAGUCCGAGUUCUCCAAGCACAAAGAUGCCAAGGGCAUUGUCAACAUCGGCGCUAAAGUCGUGGAAGAGAAGCCGACCACCGAGGCGUUUUCGACGAUCGGCAGUGUACCGACGACCCUUAUCCAAUCCACGAGCACCGAACGACCAGGAAAAUCAGGGGACGUUGCACCUGAAACGACAAAGGUGGAGUCGACGACGAGGACGAUGGAGAUGGCACCGAGGGCUCGAGCGUUGAACGUCACGGCAAACGAACCGAACAACGUGCUAAACUCCGGCAAUUUCACCGAUCUCAGUGACGUCAGUAUGGACGAUGAGGACAAGGAGAUCGAAGAUGCCGAAUACAACGUGGCUCACAACUCAACCCUGCUGACCAACGCAACGAUGCCCGAUCCAUUGCCCAAGUCCAGUAUGGUUUGCAUUGAUGGCAACAAAACUUAUGCCGUGGGCGAAAAAAUCAAGCGCGGCUGCGAAGAGCAGUGCUCGUGCGAAGAAGAUGGAAAAAUCACGAACUGCACGCCCAUGUGCCAGACUCCGCUAGUCAGAGCCGGCCGGAAACACGGCGACCCCUUCUGUCACGCUCGCGAUUUGCCAGAAAACCCGUGCUGUGCCAUCUUGGUUUGCACCGAUUCAGCACCAGAACCCGAGGAAACUUGCGUUUUGGGAAACAACACGGUAUCUCGGGGCCAGAAGAUCGAGGACGGAUGCACGAAGACAUGCAUCUGCGAGGCAGGGGGUCACUUGAAAUGCCAGCCAAGAUGCCCGCCUAACGACACGGCAUCUAGCAUAAAUCAACACGACCGCUGCGUCAUUUUACCAGAUCCACGAGAUUCCUGCUGCACGAUAACGCUGUGCGACGUCACCCUGGGGGAUCACGAAAUAAAGCUCGAGAGCCCGACAGACCUGUCCGUUAACUUGACAGAUGUGAAAGUUUUGAACUCGACCGCCAUUAAACUAAAACUAUCCUCCAAAUCGCCCGAUGAGAUCACGAUAGAGAUUUCGGAGAACAAUCACAGGUGGACGCAAGUGAAACCCACCAAAGAGGGUAUCAUAUCAAAUCUGCAACCAGCGCACAGCUACUACGUGCGCGUGAUCGACGGUACCCGAGCCGGGCCAGCCAUACACGUGUCCCUAUUGGCCGAAGUAACCAAAACAAGUGUAACCGAGAAGAGCGAAAAAGGCACCUGUAGUCAUCGUGGCAAAAUCUACAAGAUCGGCGCUGAGUGGUACGAUGAAUGCAUAGCUUUUUGCGUGUGCAACGAGACCGCACAUACCGAAUGCGUGACGAUCGAAUGCCCCACCGAUUUUGGCCUCGACGUUCUCGACCCUCACUGUCUAGACUGGGAGACCGUGCCUCCCAACCACGUGCCCAAGGCACCAAAUUGCUGUCCGCAGGAGGUUCGAUGCAGGAACAACGGUUCUUGCACUUACGAAGGUAAGACCUACGACAACUGGUCUCGACUUCCAACAAACGUCACUGGCUGCGAGAAAGAGUGCUACUGUGAAUUCGGCAACGUCACGUGUCACUCGAGAUGUCCGAAGGUUUCACCGCAUCCACCAAGUAAUCUGAACUGCAAGCCCAGCGAGGCUGUGCUCACUCAGUUACCUGGUGAGGACUGCUGCCUUCAAUGGGCUUGUCCUCAGGUUGCGUCCAAUAAUGUGCCAGGAAAGAACAACACGGUCUACGUAUAUCCCGGCCCUGUAGCCAUAGACACAAGUUCUAAGAAACCAAAAGAUAAAUCAGAGUCUACAAAACCGAGCCAGGAUUCAUCAUCAGGCUCGUCAUACCCUUGGCCCAUUUCACCCUCGGGCACUCAUCCACCACAACCUGCUAUGCCUCCAAACUCUGACGUAGUUCACUACCCGAUGGACCCUGGACACCCAACUGCCCCUUACAUCGGUCCCUACAAUCCUGACUACAAGCCAACCCAGCCAAGUGUAGAAGAAGUCUUCCACUUGUCACCCAGCCAUGUCGAAAAGACACCUUCAAUCAAAGAAAAAACUAAAUCAAAAUCUGAUUCUAAGAAACCCGUGGAUGCCUUUAAACCCUCGAAAGAAGUCGUUGAUCAGUUCCCGGGACCACUGGCACCUGAUCGUUUUGCUGAAAAGGUUCAUCCGUCCGAAAAACCAACUCUACCACCUCCUUUGGUUCGGCCAAACAAUCCAAACCUCGCUAAUCCCCAAAGUCCUAAUAAAUUGCCUGGACUGAAUAAAGGCAGCAGCCCAACAUCCAAUCACGCAGUAGAGCAACCGCAGUUCAUUCCAUUGAAUAUUCACGAUCACGACUUUACUCCAAGUAAUGGGGAGAAUAUUCCACCCACACACUUUGACACGCUACUAGAGAAUCCGGCAGCUGGCCCACCCUAUGGUGGUCACAUUGGAACUGGAUUGCGUCCAGAUUCUGCAGAUCCAAAUAACAUUGUGCCUUCUACGGCAUCCAAGAAAAAAAUACCUGGUUCUGAUAUCUACACUAACGAUAAAGGCAAAGGGUUACCACCCAAACGGCCUGACGUCCCACCAAGGCAGGAAGUCAUACCAGACGAACUCUAUCACCUGAUAAACCUUCAACAUCCAGGCUUGAUCAACCUCGAUCGUGGUCAACCCGGAAAUCACCCUGGUCUCUAUGACAUCCAUCAGGAGAUCGGUAGUGGUACCGAGAAACCCCACGCCCCACCGCCUUACUUUGGACAAGUGGUCAUACCUCCAAAAAAAGGAGGCAAACCGCAGAUAUACACACAGAAAGACGAAAAUGGACAGACAACGUAUCACGUCCACUCCUCGGAGAUUCCAAACUCACCUCAGCAACUCGAGGAGCUGCUCACCCACAUAGCCCAGCACGAUCCCCAUAAUAAUCCCUACCAGCAAUACCCGGUCAAUCAGCAACAGCCAGGUGUGCCACUGCAGAGGCCGCCACCACCAGCUCUAUCGCCCCAUGGCGUCGAUCUUGAAACUUCUCAAGUGUCGCAAAACGCGGCUGGGGUACCAGCCCAUAUUGGACCCCAUGGAUUCGUUGCACAAGCACCGUUGCCACCGGGUGCUGAUCAGUCAGGUUUCGAGCACGGCUUGACCAUUGGCCAGUUCCCGGGAAUCUUGGGACACGGUGGCCAAAAUCUGCCAGCACAGCAGGCGUAUGAAAUAGCAGUGGACGAUUUGCGCGCGGUCAGCGCAAACACCGUGCGCUUGAUGUUUAACGUGCCAUCAGUACUCGUUGGACUCCACGGCCGAGUCGAAGUUCGUUACACCAGCGAUAAAUCAAACAUAGACCCAUCGACUUGGAAAUCCCAAACGUUCGCCCCUCCCGGCGACCUGAUCGAUAGCGAGGACUUGGAAUUCGACCUGAGUGGCCUCAAGCCCUCAACCGUCUACAAAUUGAUGAUCGUUGUAAAAUUGCGCGACCUUUCGAACACGCACACUAGCAAGAUAUACCAAGUGCGCACCCUCGACAAGCCGGCACCGAAUGCGCUGCCCAGCGACAUAAGGAUCGACGCCGAGUUGCGGGUUCUCGAGGUCAACUCGAGCUUCGCCGAGUUCGAAUGGAAGAAGUUCACGAACUACGAGCUGCAAUUCAUCGACGGCAUUUAUUUGAUGUACAAGGCUGAGAACGAAAAAACGUACUCAGUGACACCGCUGCUGCACCGCAGCGUCAAUCACUACGUGUUGGAUCAUUUGCAACCCUCGACUACCUACGAGGUCCAUCUCAGCACUAAAGACAUCAUUGGACAAGCCAAUGUUCUUGUUGACAGCAAAACGGUAAACUUUACAACAGUGUCAGAAAGCGAUCCUUACUUGUUCGACGUUAAAGUCGAAAUCAAAACGAUCAAAGCAACUGACGUUGAAGUUUCGUGGAGCGGAGUACCUCACCCCCAAGACAAGUAUGUCAAUAUAUACCGAGCAGUUUAUCAGAGUGACAGUGGCAAGGAGGACACAAGUACCUUCAAAAUUGCCAAAAAAGACUCGCCUGCCAAGACAAUCAUAAGCGAUCUCAAGCCGGGCACGCGAUACCGGCUUUGGAUCGAAGUUUACCUGACUAACGGAAAGGUCAAAAAGAGCAAUGUCCAGGACUUCGUUACCAAACCUGGUAUUUUACUACCCCCUGGUGCUUCACAACAGCAAGGUAAACUUGCAUCGAUACAACUUCACGAAGGUGACUAUUACGGGCCACUGGUCAUAGUUGCAAUAGUAGCGUCACUAGCCAUAUUAUCGUCACUGAUCCUACUGAUGAUGCUCAUGAAAAGGAGGACGAGCAGCAAGGCUGACAUAUCCCCCCGCAAAACCACGUCGGCCUACGACAAUCCUUCCUACAAGACCUGUGAAGAAACAGUUCCUAAUGGUCGAGGCAAAACUUCCGAGCACGAGAUGACCAUCAUGAACGGCAGCAACAGCCGCGCCAAGGAAACAGCGUGAAUAGGUCGUGAUUAAAUCAUGUAGACUUAUUAAAGUUUUAUUUAUGCUAGAAUAAGAAAAGCUAAAUGGCACAAUAGCUACAAAAUGCCGCCCAGUGUCUAACCCGUCCACAUCGUAAGUUUUAAGUUCUCCAUUUGGUUCAUUUUACAGUGAAUUGGAGGAGGUCUACAUUAGAUUAGUUGUUAAUUAAAAGUCGGUCGAGUUCAUUUUUUGUUAAGGAGCAUCAAAAUUGUUACUGCCGCGAGUAUAUUUCAUCUAUGCGCAUCACAAAACUAUCGAAUACUCAAGUCAUAAAAAUAAAAAAAUUAGUAUUUUUAAAUACGUUGUUAGUACUUACUUU